AUGUAUGAUAAGUUGACAAUUUUAGAGAAUGUAUAUUUUGUUGAAAUUUUAAUAAAAAAUUACUUUAAUUCUAUUUUGAAUUUGAAUAUAAAGACAAUACUUUCUACAAAUUAGAGUUGGAUAAGAGACUUUGAAAUAUAUUACACUUUGCCAGAAAUAACAUUUCUUAGUCUGAAUGAAGGUUGUUAGGACUAAAUUAGUGAUAAAUGUUUGAAUUGUAGAGAAGGUUGGAUUGAAGAUGAAUAUUAAUAGAACUGCAUUCCAAAUUGUGGGGAUACAAUCAUUCAAGGGUAUGAGGAAUGUGAUGAUGGUAACUUAAUAUUUAAUGAUGGUUGUUUUCAAUGUAAAUAUUAAUGUAUUGAUUCUUGCAAAACUUGCAUAUUUGGAAUUUGUAAACUAUGUCUUUAUGGUUUUGUUCUUAAUGAAAAUAAUAAUAAUUGUGAACCAUUAUGUGGGGAUGGUAUUGUGAUUCCUUACUCAAAUGAACAAUGUGAUAUUCAGGGUGAAAAAGAUUAAAGUAGUUGUAAGGAAUGUAGAUAUAUAUCAAUUCCUUAUUGCUAAUAAAGUUAUUUUUCAACUUGUUUAGAGUGCUAUUAAGGAUUUUCUAUUUUAGAUAAUGUAUGUUACCCUUAUUGUGGAGAUAAAAAUGCUCUUGACAAAGUUGAGAAUUUUGAUGAUGGAGAUUUAACAAUUUAUGAUAAUUGUAUUUUUGUGAUCAAGGAUUUUGUAGAUUAAAAUGUAAAGAUGGAUAUGAGUAUAAUAAUUAUAAUUGUCAAUCGAUUUGUGGAGAUUAAAUUAUCACUAUCAAAGAGUAAUGAUGAUGGCGAUAAUAUUAUAUUUGAUGGUUGUUUUGAUUGCAAGUAUUCUUGUCCUGAAAAUUGUCAUGAUUGUUAUUAAGGUAAAAGUCAAUAUCAAAUUUAAGGCUCAAAUCAAUGUAAAUUAUAAAUAAUUUGUGGAGAUAGUUUUGUUUAAUAAUAAGAGGAAUGUGAUGAUGGAAACAAUUAAGCAGCUGAUGGCUGUAUGAAUUGUUUAAUUUAAUAAAAUUGGAUAUGCAAAUCAAUAAUAUAAGAUUCUCCAAGCUAAUGCAUUUAUGUAAAAGCUCCCCUUUUAGUAAUUAAUUAUCUCAAUAUGACUCAAAAUAAAUAAUAUUUAAGUAUCUAAUUUAAUUAAUAAGUAAAAGUCUAAACUUAUUAAUUAUUAUCAAAAACUAUUUCUUUAAAAUUAGUGAAUAUAGAUAAUUACAAUUGGAAUAAUAAUCUUUAGAUAAUAUAGGAUGUAGGAUCUUAUGUGAUUUUUGGAGAAUAUGUUUUAGAAAUAGAAAUUUUCUAAAUAAUUGAUUUUAGGCUUAUCUUGAAAAUCUAAUUAAAUCAAUCAGUUGUUAUGGUUAAUAAAAUAAUAGAGUUGGUUAUGAAUUUAAUUUAAUUUUGA